AUGAUCCAAGAUUUCAUCGUGGAAACCUCCGCUAAACAACGGAAAAGACGCGGCGUCAAAUAUCUAGUCGACACCGAAAACCGUCGCUCUCGCUUUGAAAUAGUCCCGGCGCGCACCCUACUCAUGACACGGAAAUUAUUCGGCACUGCCGAAUUUCAAAGGUUACCCCAAUUUGAAACACAACCUAUAACCGAUCACCGACUACUAAGGGAAAUUAAACUAUGGAAAGUCACCAACCAAGAUUUCUCCCAACGAAGUAGGAUGUACGCUCUCGAAAAUACCCGCAUAAGCGUCCUGCGAACAAUCCGCUAUGCAGAAUACCGAUACCAUCAGCUUGCCUUCCUUGAAGAUAUACAAACUAGAAGACCUCUAAAUUACGCUGAACUUGCACUAAAGCAAGACCUAGAACAAGGUAUAACUGAUAUAUUCGAUCCAUACCUAUCACGCGAGUUCGGAGUGCUUGGAAUUGACCUUGGUCGAGACCCCAGCAAACUCAGAGAAAAGCCCAUACCAUUUUUUCGAGAGAAAGAUCUGGAUAAAGUCGACAUCACGACUUUAGGUUUAGAACCCAUCGCUCACCCAGAACCUCUACCUAGCAAAACAACCUCGUCUCCGGUCACAAGGCCUUCUACAUUCUAUCCACCAGUUAUGAUAACGACAAAAAGAACCCUUCCGGCUUACAUACCCACCAAGAAGCCAAUUUUUGUCAUUCCGAACACGUCCACUAUCACCCCUCGUACCUCACGAACUUGGCCACCUGUCCCUAAUACGACAACAACCACAGAAACACCAAGAAUAGUUGCUCCUGUACAUCUAACUUGGCCACCUACUCCCAGUACGACAACUACCACAGAAGCUUCAAGAGUAGCCGCUCCUGUAUAUCUUAUACACGAGACAAAAACUAUAGACGCAAUUGCACGCACUCCGCCACCACUGCCUCACACAUUCCCUCCUAAUCGAGCCACUACCAAAACCUUCCCAAGCUAUCCCACAACUUUCACCUACCCUACAACUACCUCCACGAUCAAGCCAAUAAUAGCGACGCCAACAUCAGUUUAUGAAAGAUUCUAUCACCCGCCACCUUUCCAAACCCCAGAAACGCGACCCGAUAGAUCACCUCGGCCACCCUUAGCCGAAGACGACCAACCCGAAUCCAGAAACCUUAAUCCUCAACCGUCAAUGCAAUUUCACUUUCAUGAAAAUACCCUACGACAAACGUUCAAUAACAUUUGUAUAAGACAAUAUUUAAAUAACCAACGACUUCACGAGCUCAGUCAUGUCGAUCCCACUUGGGCAGCACGACUACUGCUCAGAGAUACGAACGUUGUCGCCACCCUAUCGGACAACGAACUCCUAGUGACCAGAUGCAGAAAAGUUGAACCAACCCAAACCUUUCCAAAUCACCAAGUGAAUAACACCUGCUAUGAUCUUCUACCCGUCUUGGUUGAAGAUCAACUGUGGUUUGCAAUCCCUGCCACAGGAGAUCUGGUCCAAACAACGACAACAAUGCCCUGUCCUUAUAUCUCCAAUGUCGAUCCCAGUCUAGUUCAACAGAUAUUACCACCAAAUGUACUUCCAAACAUGAAUGCAAAACCGUUCUUAUUCAACCCGCCGCCUAUUUACCAUCACCUCAUACAAAACUACGCCCCGACCACUAGAUUCCAAGUCGAUUACCUGCAGCAAGAAUACGCAGCCUUACAAAAUCGAUUACAAAAGCGAGGAAUCAUAGAAGAUACCAUGCUCAAAAUUAAGGACGCUGGAAACUCCUUGAAAGAUUCUCUGUCCUCUAUCUACACCAAAACAACCGACAAAUUAACCGCCGGUGUAGAAAGCAUUAGAUGGUCCAUGAUUUCGCUCUUACUCUGGGUAACCAUUCCCACAUUGGUGAUCAUCAUUCUCAUUGCAUGUUGUGUCUGCUUUGUGAAGAUCUAUUUUAUACGCAAAGCCUCCAGUUCUGCUGCGUCCGCCAUGGUAGACUUAGCUAGCAGUCUCUCGAGGAAACGACUAGCUAGGCGUCAGCACGAAAUAAAUGCUCUUAUGGAAGAGCAAAACAACGGGAAUCAACCAAAUUCCCUUUUCGUGCCACGCAUCUACUCUAUCUUUUCGCAAGUCAAUUCCAUCAAAAGUCCAUUGCCAUACGUAAGGAUAACCCUCAACCGUUUCUCCACUCCAGCGCUCAUCGACAGCGGCGCUACAAUAUCUUAUAUGAAACAGUCCACGCUGUACGCGCUAGGACCCAAUGUCAACAUCGACAACAAUCACGUAAAAGCGCAAGCCGCCAAUGGAACUCAAAUAGAGCUCUUAGCAUCCGUAAUCGUAAAUGUCCAAGUAGGAACCCAUAUUAUACAACAUCGCUUCCUGGUGUCGCAAGAUUACCAGUGCCCAGCGCCAGUUCUUCUGGGAACUGAUUUCAUCAAGAAAUUGAACCAAUUAGGUCUCAAACUAACUAUAGACCUACAUAAUAACCUACUUACGAUUGGUAGCGAUGCGCAUGACAUGGUCCAAAUAAACGCCAUUAAUUUCCUUGAAGUCAAACCCAAUGAUGUACGACUCUCCCAAACGACCAUUCUGCCAAAAAGAUCCUCAUCUAUUGUGCCGGCGUACAUCGAUCCUUACGAUCCCAGCAACCUAUUUGACUUCAUCAUUGAAGACAACCACAGAGAUCUAGACCUUCUAGGAAAGCCAUUGCGAGAGAACCGCUUUCGCGUGUUUUCUCGGAGCAUUCGAGUACAUCAGAAUGCCAAUGGGAUUAAAAGGCGCCCCCGCAACCUUCCAGCGGAUAAUGGAUGA